AGUGUUCCGACAGAGAAAAACUAGGUGCAGAACACUGGUGCAGAAUAUGCUCUCUCUUUCUAAGUCAGGACCGCAUAUUGAGAACUCAGGGCCUCGAGCGGGUGUACGCUAAGUGUGUGAUGCAUAAGUUUCCACCGCGGGUUCGAAUCGGGUCAGAGUCGGGUUGGCUUGCUGUUCCACGGGACGCUAGUUACACGAUGUCACACCAGAGUCUAUGAAUACCACCUUAGAGCAUUAUGCUCUAACUCUAGAUUUGGAUUGAGUGGUAUUGGACAUCCAUCGAUGAUCUUACGCUUAGUUCACCACACUGGUAUACUCGGUUCCAGAGCAAUGAGCUAUAUUCCUGGGAGUCUUUCGGUGGCUAUGGUGACCGUACCAACGGAAAUAGUUGCCAAAAAGAUUGCUUGCGAUGUUGUCAAGAAGAAACUGGCUGCUUGUGUGAACAUUUUACCAAAAAUUUCAUCAAUAUAUGAAUGGGAAGGUGAAGUAAAAGAAGAUCAAGAACUACUUCUGAUCAUAAAAACCAAAACUGAUGCCAUCGACGCACUUACUAAAUUUGUCAAAGACAAUCAUCCAUAUCAAGUUUGUGAAGUUAUAUCUCUACCGAUUCAGAAUGGAAACAGAGAAUAUUUGGAUUGGGUAACCACAAAUGUGUCUACGGGCUGAAUAUAUAUUGAUCAAUGGAAUAUUCAUUGCAUUACAUGGCGCUUCGCAUUUAAAUGGACUAGAUAAGAUGAGAACUCUUAACAAGAACGAUCUCCAGAAUUUUUUCUUCUAAGUAUUUAUGAAUAAAAUAAUUACCAUAUCCCAA